UUAGUAGUGUAGAGUUUUUAGAAAAGAAGCUGCGUAAAAUUAGGUUUACAACUCUUAGGGCUUUUUUCGCUAUGUAGUUGCAGUGGGCUUUGGCAUUAAGGUCAUUUGAUAUGAGAACUCCCAAGAUCUUUGACAGGGUGGGGGUCAUCAGUUAGGUAAUGUCCAUCAAGUUUGUACUUGAUGUUAGGGUUCUUUUUUCCAAUAUGUAAGACUAAGCAUUUGCUGGUUGAGAUUUGGAGUUGCCAAGUUUUAGAUCAAUCGGAAAUUAAGUCGAGGUCUUCUUGAAGGGUAGAAGUAUUAUUAGUGGUAUUAAAUAGUUUGAUAUCGUUAGCAAAGAGAACACAAUAACUUGAGAUGAGGUCGCAGAGAUCAUUUAUGUAUAGUAUGAAGAGUGUUGAUCCAAGAACACUACCUUGGGGAACGCCACUUUUGACAGGAACGGGAUUAGAUAUAGCGUUGCCAAUUUUGACCACUUGUUGUCUGUUUGACAGGAAGGCAUUUAUCCAAUUGUGAAGAGGUCCCAAAAUGCCGUAGGAUUUUAGCUUGAGGAGUAGUUUAUCAUGUACUACUGAAUCAAAAGCUUUGCAGAAGUCUAUGUAGAUUGCAUCUAUUGCUUUUCCUUGAUCAAGGUUGUUUGUGUGAUUGGACACACAAAUUCCCUGUGUGUCCAAUCACACUUGGCCAAUUCUAUUCUAUUCUAUUCUAUUCUAAUAAACUUUGUCUUAUCUGAAGAUAGCUUCAGUCCCAGAUAUGUUUCCCAUGAAUAUACUGCAACCUGAAAUGUACAUCUCAGCCUAGGGCUAUCUGUAGGGCCUACCAAGUCCUAUAGUUGUGCCUAACAUCCUGUACUAGAAAAAGUAACAAUUAUUCUGGUAUUUAUUAUAGAAUUCCCUGAAAGUGAUUGUUCAAUUAAAAUUUCCAUAUGCAACAGAAAUCUUUUUUUAAAUAAAAGCACAUUUUGCUUUAAAUAAUAUCUCAAUGUAUGAUGUAGUGGUUUAAUGUGAUAAUGAAUUUUAAUUGGUAAAAGGCCUAUUUUGCUUCAUCUACUUCUGAGUAUAAUUCUGAAAAAAAAAUUAAAUCCAAGUUGGAUAAAAUAAGGUUUGCCCUAGAAAGGCAUGGACUAUUAUGUUUAAAUAGUCAAACUGAAAACUAGGGUCAGACUACAGAUAAAGAGCUAGAAUCAUGGUUCUCCCCCCCAAUACACACUUCUCUUAACUUGCUAUCAACUGCCCAAUAUAAAGGGCAUGUCACUCCCUUCAUUUUCAGCUCUGUGGGAGAAAUGACCCUCACCAUCAACCGAUAUCGAAUUAUUCUGCAUUUGAUUUUAGGCUUUUCCAAACUGCAGCUGUCCAGGCAUGUUUCAACUCUUAUUCGGCCAUGAAGCCCACAUCUGAACCUAUCUUCACAGAGUUAUUAUAAAACUGGUUGAGGAAGUCAUCUCAACUCCUUGGAAAAACGGAUUAUACAUGAGAUAUAUAUUAUUUAGUACUUUGCUUAAAUGCCACGAAACAUAAAUUUCGAUCCUUAAUCUUGAAAACAGUUUAGAAAAAUAAGAAAUCUAAAACAUUCCCAUCAUUGUUCGCAACUUAACAAUAGCAGCAUAAUUUUCUGUCAUAGUGUUGCAAGCAUCAAUGUACUAUCUAUAUUUCGCAACCCGAGGACCUUCUCCAUUAAGUUAUUCCUUCGGAUCUGGACCGUGCGCCCGUGUCUUCCACAAAGAUGGGUGUGGUUACUUCUUAUACUUCCAGGCGCAUUCGUGGAAGAUACAUAGAUGCGUGCGCACAUCUAUACAUUAUUUCUCGGUGUAAGAUCAUCAUCAUACUCUACAGUUUCCCCUCUAAUACCGUAACUAUUUAGUAGGAUUCUUAAAAGGGACAGGAUGGCGGAGGCACCUAGAAGAUGAACGCGGUUUUCAAGCGAACACAAGGAAACAAUGCUCGGGCGAUCUUGCGACAAGGUUGCAGACGUGAUCUCCAAACUAAGCAACCGCCCUUCUCUUUCCUCCUCCCACCUCCGUUUCCAGCUUUAUGUCUUCCAGACAGAGCCGCAUUUGCUGUCCACGCCGGGAUCGAGCGCUUUCCAACACCUCAUCUUCGCCCAGCACUCCUUUCCUCAGCACAGCCCCGCUCACCAGAUGCUCGCCUGGAGAGGGAAGAGGACAGGCGCCGCGCGGCUCAAGGGCCGUUCCUCCCCCUCUGCAGCUGCUUUGAGUCCCGCGCAGCAGCAGCGCGCUUAGCAAAGCCGGCGCUUAAGCGCAGCCUCCAGCGCCAGCCUGGGCACAGGCCGCUCGCUUCUUCACCCCGGGAGGCACUCAGCAACCUCGCACGCUACGUCCCACCUUCUGCUCUCUGCCAUUGGGCGGCAGAAGAACUUGCGUAGUUGCCGUUGGCUACUAGAGACGUCGCUCCGCGCAGGGUGGGGAAAGAACUCGCCAGGCACUUGGGCGCCGCUGGGCAGGAGACUAAAGUCUUUCUGCUUGCUUGAGCGCCUUCGGAUGGGCUGCUGGUCUUCUUUCCCAUUUCCCGUUUCAGGCCAACAGCUGAGGGAAGCGGCGGCAAAGCGGCGGUCUCAGUUAAAGGCUUGGCGGCGGCACCAGCUGGAGGAGGCGAGGGGAGUGGGAGCAGGCGAAGGAAAGGGCGAAGCGAGAACUUUGUUGGGAGGGCGAGGCUGCUGGCUUAUCCGGGAGACGCUUUGAGGGGCUGCUGGAGGUUGAGUUAGACGGCGCCUCGCCCAGGUCUCUUGGGAGCAGGUCGCUUGUGUAGCUCUCGCUCUCCGGGAGGAGGCGACAACAGCGAUAGCAGCUGCCUAGAGCUCCUCGAGUGCCGCCGGACGCGCCGGAGACUAGCCGAGCACGAUCCGGGAUCCAUCCCUUCGCCUCGCCCGAGGCAAGCGAUGCUUCCAGGGAACACUCGCCGGUUCCAGUGACUUAAUCGAAGCUUCAGAGAAGGGCAGCCGCGGUACGGAGCGAAAGGAGGCGAAUGCUCAGCCUUGUGCUGCUCUCUUCCCCCCAGUCUUUACUGCCGGAGAUGGUGCCCGCCCCGGGAUUAGUUUAAAGCCUUCUCUUCAGCCCCGCUUUUGUGGAGGUGAGCUGGAGGGACCUACGCCACCUACUCCGAGAACCGGCAGGCUCUGGCGUGGGACGCGUUGCUUAGUGCCGCGCCUAACCCAGCCGAUCCCCCUUUCUCUGUGGGAAAACGAUAAUCCUGUAAUCCCAACUCCGGAGUCUUCUCUAGCAGUGUAAAACGAAAACAACCGUCUGGAGAAUGUCAUCCUCAAGCAGAUUUAAGAAGGACAAAGAGAUCGUAGCCGAGUACGAAAGUCAAGUGAAAGAAAGUCACAAAAGGUGAUCACAUGACUCUGGGACACUGCAGCCAUCAUAAAUGUGAGUCAGUUAUCAAGGAUCUGAAUGUAAAUCAUGUGACGAUGGGGAUGCUACAAUGGAUAAAUUCGAGCUCAGCUAAUAGAACAACAAAAAUGCCUGGAGCAGCAAACUGAGAUGAGAGUGCAGCUUCUUCAAGACUUGCAAGAUUUCUUUCGUAAAAAGGCAGAAAUAGAAACAGAAUAUUCACGCAGUCUUGAAAAGUUAGCUGAAAGAUUCAUGGCAAAAACAAGAAGUACUAAAGAUCAUCAACAGUACAAGAAAGACCAGAAUCUGUUAUCUCCAGUAAAUUGUUGGUAUUUACUACUCAACCAAGUAAGAAGAGAAAGCAAAGACCAUGCGACACUGAGCGAUAUCUACUUGAACAAUGUCAUCAUGCGUUUUAUGCAGAUAAGUGAAGAUUCCACCAGAGUUUUCAAGAAGAGCAAAGAAAUUGCAUUCCAGCUUCAUGAGGAUUUAAUGAGGGUUCUUAAUGAGCUUUACACGGUUAUGAAAACAUACCAUAUGUAUCAUUCUGAGAGCAUCAGUGCAGAAAGUAAAUUGAAAGAAGCUGAAAAGCAAGAAGAAAAACAAAUUGGAAGAUCAGGAGAUCCUGUUUUUCACAUUCGAUUGGAGGAAAGACACCAAAGACGGAGUUCAGUGAAGAAAAUUGAAAAAAUGAAGGAAAAACGUCAAGCAAAAUACUCUGAAAACAAACUGAAAUCUAUUAAAGCCAGAAAUGAAUAUCUGCUAACCCUUGAAGCAACAAAUGCCUCUGUUUUCAAAUAUUAUAUUCAUGACCUUUCAGAUCUGAUUGAUUGUUGCGAUCUUGGAUACCAUGCAAGCCUGAACAGAGCCUUAAGAACAUAUCUCUCUGCAGAAUAUAACCUUGAAACUUCACGACACGAGGGCUUGGACAUCAUUGAAAAUGCUGUUGACAAUCUGGAGCCCCGAAGUGACAAGCAGAGAUUCAUGGAAAUGUAUCCUACAGCCUUCUGUCCUCCAAUGAAAUUUGAGUUUCAGCCCCAUAUGGGUGAUGAGGUUUCUCAAGUUAGUGCCCAACAGCCAGUUCAAGGAGAACUCGUGCUUCGAUAUCAGCAACUUCAGUCUCGACUAACAACAUUGAAAAUUGAAAAUGAAGAGGUUAAAAAGACGACAGAAGCUACUUCACAGACAAUACAAGACAUGGUCUCCAUUGAAGACUAUGAUGUUUCUGAAUGCUUCCAGCACAGUCGUUCGACUGAGUCUGUGAAGUCAACAGUUUCUGAGACCUACCUGAGCAAGCCUAGCAUAGCUAAAAGAAGAGCUAACCAGCAGGAAACUGAACAGUUCUAUUUCAUGAAAUUCAGAGAGUACCUGGAAGGAAGCAAUCUUAUUACAAAGCUUCAGGCAAAACAUGAUUCACUGCAGCGAACACUUGGAGAAGGUCAUAGGGCAGAAUAUAUGACUACAAGCCGAGGACGAAGGAAUUCACACACCAGAUAUCAGGACUCAGGACAAAUAAUCCCCCUCAUUGUAGAAAGCUGUAUCCGAUUUAUCAAUUUAUAUGGACUUCAACACCAGGGCAUUUUCAGGGUGUCGGGCUCUCAGGUGGAGGUUAAUGAUAUUAAAAAUUCAUUCGAAAGAGGUGAAAAUCCUUUGGCAGAUGACCAAAGUAACCAUGAUAUUAACUCAGUUGCUGGAGUACUGAAGCUCUAUUUCCGAGGGCUGGAGAAUCCUAUUUUUCCUAAGGAAAGGUUUAAUGAUCUUAUUUCUUGUGUCAGAACAGAAAAUCUCUAUGAGAGAGCUCUUCACAUACGUAAACUUUUGCUGACAUUGCCCAGAUCUGUCCUUAUCUUACUGAGAUAUCUUUUUGCCUUCCUCAGUCACCUUUCUCAGUACAGUGAUGAAAAUAUGAUGGAUCCUUAUAACCUGGCCAUUUGUUUUGGCCCAACAUUGAUGCCAAUUCCAGAUAUACAAGAACAAGUGUCAUGCCAGGCUCAUGUAAAUGAAAUCAUCAAAACCAUUAUUAUUCACCAGGAGAUCAUUUUCCCAGAUAGCAAAGAAUUAGAUGGUCCAGUAUAUGAAAAAUGUAUGGCAGGUGAUGACUACUGUGACAGCCCUUAUAGUGAACAUGGUACCUUAGAAGAAGUGGAUCUGGAUGCUGGGGCAGAAGUACACACUAGUGACGAUGAAUGUGAUCCAAUAGAAGCUAUAGCCAAGUUUGACUAUAUUGGAAGAUCUGCACGAGAACUCUCUUUUAAGAAAGGGGCCUCACUGCUUUUAUAUCAUCGAGCUUCUGAUGAUUGGUGGGAAGGAAGACAUAAUGGAAUUGAUGGCCUUGUACCCCACCAAUAUAUAGUGGUUCAAGAUAUGGAUGAUACAUUCUCAGAUACACUGAGCCAAAAAGCAGAUAGUGAAACCAGCAGUGGGCCAGUACUUGAAGACAAAUCUUCUUCCAAAGAUAUGAGUUCACCAACAGAUUUGAAUUCUGAAGUAUAUCUAGGAAGGCAGCGCAAGAGAUCUGAACUUCCACUUUCUGGCAGACGUCCUGGCAGGACCAGUGAUGGACACUGUCCAGUUCAUACACCACAUGGCCUUACUAAUUCUUCAAUGGAAUUAGUUUCCCCCAGUAUGGCAAGCCACUCUACUUCUCGAGCUGCCCUUCAGAACCAUAGCCUCACAACUGAUAGCCCAGAAAGGAGACGGAAGCCUGGCCACAGCAGCCUCACCAAUAUUAGUAGACAUGAAUCUCUGAAAAAAAGUGACAGCCCUGCAAUUAGAAGAUCAACCUCAUCUGGCCAGUAUCCUGUUUUCAAUGACCACAAACCACUUGACCCAGAGUCAAUUGCUCAGGAUAUUGAAGAGACAAUGAAUACGGCUCUAAAUGAACUUCGGGAACUGGAACGCCAGAGUUCUGCAAAACAUGCUCCAGAUGUUGUCCUUGAUACCUUAGAACAAAUGAAGAAUUCUCCCACCAGCACCACCUCAACAGAAUCUUUGAGUCCUCUUCACAAUAUCCUGUUAAGAAAUGCCGAGCCUCAGAUUCGCCGUAGCACUAGUUCUUCCAGUGAUACUAUGAGUACCUUCAAGCCCAUGAUGACACCAAGAAUGGGGGUGCAGCUAAAGCCACCUGCACUGAGACCAAAGCCAAUAGUUCUUCCAAAAACAAACCCAAGCAUAGGCCCCUCUUCUCCUUCCCAAGGCCCAGCUGACAAGUCUUGCACGAUGUAGAACCCAAGAAACCAAGUGCGGAGUGAACUACCAAAAGAAUGUAUCCAUGAUAGUUGUCUGAAUUACAAUAUAUUAUUAGUUUAUAUUUAGAAAGGGAGAGAUUUGUUUUUUAAAAUGUUAAAGUCUUGAGCUACCUACUUUAACAUGGGUAUUUAAUAGGAGUUGGGUUCAAUUUUUAAACUGGAACAUUCAGUGUCUACUUUUGCAAUAUAUGCUUAACACAGUUAAAGACUCAGUGAGUGCAUUUUUACAGCAUGCUGAGCUGGAUUAGAUUGGGUUGGGAGGAUGUAGUUUAGCACAUUUCACAAACCCAGCCUAUUUGGUUAGUUUAUGAUCCAGUGUAUCGCAAAAAGGAAAAUUACAUGUAUCGUGUAUGCCAUUUUAAAGCAACAGGAAUACACACAUUUACUUGAAAUCUCCACACUGCACUUUUUCUGAUGAAGACACCAUAGUCACUGCCAGCAUCACACUAAUUUAACAAUAUAUAUUUGAGUGUGGUUUAAGACUUCACAAAGAAUUAUGGUAAUUUGAAAUGAAUUUGUUAAGAAAUAGGGUUUAUUUUUAGUGCUGCCUGGUUCCAGUUAAUUUUUCAGAAGGUCUGAGGCUGUGUUUUAAGAAUUACUAAGCAGCCUGUCAAAGUCAAUGCAGAAAGGAGACUCACCUUGACAUUGCCUUCUGUAGUAGCUAUUCAGUAUGCAUGUGACAGUCCUAGUGUAGUUCACUGACAGGAUAUGAGGAAUUAAAUUGCUUCUAGGAAAUAGCAGUUUUCUAAACCAGUGGAAGUCUGUGGUCAGAAUGACAAUUGCAGUCUUCCUCUGGUUGAUAUCCAGCAGACACCUUCACCAGGCUGGCCAGGAAUACUGAGAAUUGUGUUCUGACUCUAUUGAAGAAAGUGGGUUGUUUCUAAUGCUUCCACUCAGGCCAAUUGCAGUGCAAUAAAACUAGACAUUAGCCACUGAAUCUGCUUGCUAUCAGUUCAGCUCAAAAACUGUUUACAUUCCUAAGAGCCACUUGUCUGGACAAGUUUUAAUUAAUCAAUAAUCUGUAGCAAAACAUUCCUGGACAGCUGCAAACUAAAUGAGUAACUUGUUAAUACUUUAGAUUAUGAAACACUGCAUACAGAUGAAUUGUGUUAUGUUUUUUGUUAGUUUAUUUAAAUUGAAUUAUCUCUUUUUCAACUGGAAUAGCUCCUUCAGUUAAGGCAAGAGUUUAUUCACAGGGCAAAACAUUGUUUUCUACUGUACUACAAUCUGAAUAAAAUGGGUCAAAACUAUUUUUUUUCUAAUUAUGUCAGUAUCUUUUUCAUGUGUGAGUGAAUGCUCUCAACUGGCAUAAUGCUACAUCAUUAGGAACUUUUCUGUUAUAUGUGACCUGUCUUGACAACUCUUGCACAAACCAACACUUAAGCCAUGUCCUUUCUCUGAAUGUUUUAUAGCUUACCUUUGCACUCUAAAGGAGAGUCUAUUGUUUGUCAUUAAUUAAAAGUAACAAAAAAAUAAUAAAACAGUCUAGGGAAAAGGGGGGUAGGGAAGGAGUCAGUUUAUAUCCAUUGACACAUAUAAAAUUGAAACCAAAUACUUAUUUUCACAUAGCUGUUGUCACAAUAGAAAUUUGCAGUUCUUCCAGUUGAACAUUUUUCUCUUAUACUAUAUGAAAUUCCAAAAUAUAGAAGACUAGCUAAUAUGUGAAAACACUUGUUAUUGCAUAAUAUUUGAAAGGCAUUGUUCCCUGCUACUAAGUGAAGUUAAUUCAUUUUGUUAAGUGAUCAUAAAUGCUAAAACUCAUUAAAUUAUGUUUAGCUAAGAAGUUCACAAAAGUUGCUGUUUCCUAAUGUAUUGAAAAUCAGCUGCUCAAUAGUUAUUUCUGAUCUAUUGUUAAGUAUUAUAUUUUGUAAAACUUGCAAGCCUAUUUUUGGGGACCAAUUUUUGUGUGCCCCAGAUGAUGUAGUUAAUAGCUAUUUAGCAAACAAAAUUAGAAAUUAAUGAUAUUCAUUAAUGUGAGACAAAGAAUCCACUUAGGGAUAUUCAGCUAUGAUAUGCUGAAUUAUAUUUUUUGCCCUCAAUUGAUUGAAACAAUAGAGCUUUCAUAUUUUUGAAUGCGGUCACCAAAAUGAACUAUGACAUGUCUCUACCCUAGAAACUUAACUAAGACCACACAUUCAAUAUUGAGGCUUCAGCUAAUAUAAAACUUGUGAAACAUGACAGUGACCGUGUAAGGUUGAGAAUUGUUUGCUUAACUAGACCAAAUCUGAGACUGUGGGACAAACUUGAAAAUGUCAGCUUUCUUUUAAGUGCAUUCUAGCCUAGUGAUUGUUGUUAUUAACAGGCCAUAUAUGGUGUAACAAAGGUGGGUGCCUGUAUCUUGAAAGUGCAUAAGGAAAUUCUGUAUGUCUGAAUAUAACUCUACUGGCUUCCAUACUGCUUAUAUUAGAAAUUGUUCAGUGAAGAAAACUAUUACGAACAGUGAGUUUAGUGAAUGUUUCCAGUUAGAACAUUCACUUGAGUUAAAAUGUGUGUAGUUUGAUGGUAUGUUGUAGCUACUUCAAGUAUAGUAAGUGGAUAUGUAAAGGGAAAUGGAUACAACUACAGGCAUAGUGAAGGCUAAAUGCCUCUGUACUAAUCAAGUCAGUAUUGUCCUUGACUGUCAGUUAGAUAGAUUGCAGUACUGGUAGCUUCCUGCUUGUUGACUGUUACCUAAUUGUGUCAAUGUACAUCUGUAAGUAUGUACAUGUGAAAGUGCCUUUACAUUUUUAGAGAAGCUGCUUUGGCUUAGCUUCUUAUACUAUUGCAUUUUCAUUUUCAUGUUCUGUUGUUUUUGUCCUGCUGCAUUCCCACAACAUUACUUCCAUUCUGGAAAAAAAAAAGGAAUUACAAUUGCACAGUCCUGGAAGAAAAAAAGAAAAUGUACUGUUAAGCUGUUGUGACAAUGCACUUUGAUGUAUAGUACUGUACAUUUUGGCAUGUACCAUAUACUUUCAAAAUUGUUUCUCAUAGUGUAACUUUAUAAUAAAUAAGGAUA